GCCCUUUUCCAACGCCUCCUCUACUCGUGCCUGGCACCGCGUGGCGGGAACGUGGAGGGGCGUGGCCUCGCCUCAGGCGCUCUGGUGACUUCGCGCGACAGCCUCGCGCCCUGCCAUUCUUCGCUCGGCCCGCGCCUGGGGAGGAACGCGGUCUGCAUCCCUAGGACCCUCGCGAGCCCCGCAAGGCGCGGGAGCCGCUGCCGCUGCCAGAACCCUUCGGAGUCCUUCGGACUGUCGAAGCGUGAGCCCAGUGCCAAAGCAGAAGUCGAGACUUAACGCCAUUUUGCAAAUCCUGAGGCGAGUGCUGGUGACCAACGGGUCUGGGGCGCUGGACGCCACGGCUCUAGCUGACUUGAGGUGACAGAGAGAUGGUGUGGAGACGGGAGUCGUUUGAGUCGCACCCUGCGACUCCUAGGGAGCUCCUAGGGAGCUUUAGAAUGGAUGGAGCAGGGCCACAGAGCUCCAGAGAGGUUUGAGGGAAUCCAGGCUGGGCUUCUGGAAAGUUCUGAGUGGCGUUGGAGACGUGCGGUCUCCGGUUCGAGGCUCGGGCUUUUGGAAGCUAAAGGCGGGAGAUGUGGAAAUCUUAGUUUGGGGUUCCAGAGUUAAUGUUCAGAGGGUCAGAGGUCUAAUUUGACAGGGUUGGGGCUUUUUAGUAUCAGUGGAGACCACUGAGGCAGGAGUAGAUUCCGGGGUGAGGUACGGUUUGGGUCUUUGAGGAUUUUAUCUCCGGUUGUGGUGGCGCAUGCCGGGAGGAUUUGCUGAAGAAUUAAUUUUAAAGCCUUCCUACUCAUUGCGUAUAGAUGUCACUUUAGGGUUCCAGAUCUCAGUGGGAUGCAUGCGUGAGAUCUAAGUUUUCUAAGGAGAUCACAAUGUGAAGAUCUGAGGGACAGACAAGAGUUUUGAGAUAUUUAUUGUAGGACAUGAAGUACAUUUUUAAAAAUUAUUUUUUCACUUUAAAUUCCAGUAUCAACCCUCCUCUCCUUCCAGUCCUCACCCCUCUGGUAGUCUUCCCCCAUUCCCUUCAUCUUCUCCUUUGAGAAGGGGGAGCUCCUCUUGAAUAUCCCCUCCCCCAUAUAUUUUAGGAGGGGUGAGGUGGUGUUUUUUGUUUGUUUAUUUGUACCCUGGAUACUAGGAUUUGGGCUUUUCAGUGUUAAGAUUUGUGGUCUGAGCUGUCUGUGGUAAUUCACACAUACAAUCUUUUGUGAGUUGGAGUCCAGACUGGACUAUAGAAACCCGAGCUAGUAUAAGGCAAGACCGUGUGGGGGUUAGGGCGGUAGUUUGUGGUUUGUGAUUUUGGUAUUAGGAGUAGAAUCCUAUUUGAGGGUCAAUAGUCAACAUUUUGCACAUCCGGUACUUUAGUAUUAGAUUUUCAGGAUGUAUAUAUAGGUUUAGGAAGCUCCUUUUGGGGAUUUGGUCUUCACUUUGUAUUUUGUUUGUUUGUUUAUUGGUGGCAUAGUUUUUUUGUUUGUUUGUUUUUGUCUGAUUGUUUUUGUAUUUUGAGAUGGGGUUUCAUUAUGUAGCCCUGGCUGGCCAGGAACUCACAGAAAUUGGCUGCCUCUGCUUCCAUAGUCCUGAAAUUAAAGGCAUGGGCCACUAAUCCUGGUUGGAUUUCUUUGUUUCUUUGUUUCUUUCUUUGUUUGUUUGUUUCUCUCUUUCUUUCUUCUUUUUUUAAGUUAUUUUAUAUGUGAGUGUUUUGCCUGAAUAUAUGUAUGUGUACUACAUGCAUGGAGUUUCUGGAGUAGAUGAAAAAAGGGCAUCAAUUCCCUGCAACUUGAGUUAGAGCCAGUUGUGAGCCACCAUGUGAGUGCUAGGAAUAAAGUCCAAGUUCCCUGGGAAAGCAGCUAGUGCUUUUAACCUAGAGCCAUCUCUCCAGCUCUCACUUCAGACUUUUUAAAGAAAGAUUUAUUUUAUGUGGAUUGGUAUUUUGCCUACAUGUAUGUUUGUGAAGGUGCCAGAUUUUGUGGAAUUGUAGCUACAGACUGUUGUGAGCUGUGAUAUGGGUGCUGGGAAUUGAACCUGGAAUCUCUGGAAGAGCAGCCAGUACUUUUAAUUGCUAAGCCAUCUUUUUUAUUUGUUUGUUUGUUUUUAAGACAGGAUUUCUCUAUGUUAUGUAACCUUGGCUGUCUUAAUACUCACUCUGUAGACCACGAUAGCCUUGAAUUCAGAGUUCUACCUGCCUUUGCCUCUGGAGUGCUGGAAUUAAAGGCAUGAGCUACCAUGCCCGGUUCUCACUCGGUAUUUCUUUUAUUUGUUGAUUUAUUUUAUGUAUGUGAGCACACUGUAGCUGUACUCAGACACAUCAGAAGGGGGCAUCAGAUCUCAUUACAGAUGGUUGUGAUCCACUAUGUGGUUACUAGAAAUUGAACUCAGAACCUCUGGAAGAGCAGUCAGUGUCCUUAACUGUUGGAAUCUCUUCAGCCCUCACAUGGAAUAUUUAAAGUCAGUUUCCAUCUAGUAAUAUCAUCAUCUAGUUGGGUGUGGGGACACAACUCUUUAAUUCCAGCACUGGAGAGGCAGGACCAGGUGAAUCUCUGUGAGUUCAAGUGCAGCCUGAUCUACAUAGUGAAUUCUAGGACAGCCAGAGCUAUACAGAGAGACCCUGUCUCACACACCCCCAUAUCCCUUUUCUUUUCUUUUUUUUUUUUUUUUGGUUCUUUUUUUCGGAGCUGGGGACCGAACCCAGGGCCUUGUGCUUCCUAGGCAAGCACUCUACCGCUGAGCUAAAUCCCCAGCCCCCAUAUCCCUUUUCUAGAGGUCUCACCCCACACUUUUCAAACUAGACAGUCUGUUUUUCAGCCUUUGGCAUCCAGUUGAUAUCUGAAUCCCGAGAUCAAUGUCUGGAAACUUGCUGAUUUUGAUCGAAAUUCAAGGAGCUCGAAUUUACCAUUUGAGAUUUGUGAUUUUCUUUUUAGAGUUUAGGGUUUUAAUUUAGGUUCCUGAACCCAUAGUUAUGUCCUAUUUUAGGAACUCUAGGUGCUUUUUAAAAUGUACCAUGUGGGUGGGGAAGGUCAUAAAUUUUUUGGCUAGUUCACUUUGGAGUCCCAAGGGUCACUAAUAAUUCUUUUCCCCCUUUGCAGAUGUUGGGUUCCGACAAAUUCUCGCGUUUCUCUGAUCAGCUCAGAGCUAGUUCUCCGAGUUCUACUGACAGGAAGGAUAAGAAAAACCACACGAACAAACUUCGAGAACUGGCCAUGAUGAUCCCUGUGACCAUGAAGACCAGAAACAAGAAGUACACCAAGAAGGAGAUCCUGCUGCGUAUCCUGCACUACAUCCAGUACCUCCAGAGAAACAUCGACAUGACCAAGGCCUUGCUCAAGCUCCACAGCAGCAAUGGCAAAGAUGGAUUUGUGGGGCCGGGUGUGAACCCAUCUGCUGGCCAGACAGAGCAGCAACACUCCACCCCCUGCAGCUCUCAGAAGUCAGGCCUUUGGAGCAACUGUUCAAAACCUCGGAAGAAGAAGUUUACCCAAGUGUCAGAGCGCCCCGCCUGGCCCUGUAAGCCUCGACGUUCUCUAGCUCUGGACCAAUCUGAAAAUCCCAUCGCCGUAUACCCAGCCACACACCCAGGCCUAAAGGAAGAAAAUGAGGAAGGUGUCACCUAUCUGGGAGACCUCAGCCCUAGCACCUGCCCCACAACUGCACCGCCCGUGUCUGAAGGGGACGAACAAGGGGCCCAGCUGGUGUUCUUGGACAUGGCUCAGAACAUCGUUGCCUAUGACAUCACAAGUGAUCAUGCUGUAGAAGUCCAGGAUGGAGAGCCCAAUGCUGACAUCAAAGUUCAGAGGUCCUAUUUCCUCACCAGGGCACAGCCCUGUGUCAGGCAGAAGCUAUUCUUGUGUACUUCCAGUGAGGCAGACAAAGAAGCCCCAGACACUGACCCCUGGCUUCCUGUUUGGACCUCCGAGGAUAGCCCCAAUGGGAGCCCACUGGCUUUGGGGUCUUCCCAGAUCAAUACCUGGCAUGUGGCAAACUACCUGAAUGAGAUCUUAGGAGUCAGCUCUUCCCUCUUCAGCUCCCCAAGCAAAAUCCUGCCGGAUCAUGUCCUGGAGGAUGGUACCUACUUUCUGACUGAAGGUCUUUUGGAGUCUUCACCUGCUGCCUGUGAAGUGGAGGGCCCACAAGAGCAGGAAGCAUCCUCUGGAGCCCCCACAGGCCCACCUAACUUCCAAUCCUCUGUCUCACUGGACCACUGCUACCUGUCGCUGAGUGAGAAUGUCAAGGUGCUGUCCAACUGUGGCUCCAGCUCAGAGUCCACAGACACAGAGUCCUUGUGGGGACAGGAGGAGGUGAGAGGGGUGGCCACCUACCCAAGGAGGACAGGGGUCUUCUCCCUUGCUCAGCUUUCUGUCUUGCAGCAGGCCAAUCCUGAGGGCUUGCAGACCUCAAGUGAUGAGGACAGAGACUACACAUGGACACCUACCCGGGGGUCUUCUGGCCUGCUGGUAGCUAGCAAGAAGAUGAAGAAGGUCCAGGCAAGCCAGGGCCCCGAGAAGCCCAAAGACAGUAGAAAAGCCUGCCCUGGCCAGGUGAAGAAAAAGUGUGUUAAUGGCUUCAUCAUGUUCUGCAGGAUGAACCGGAAGCAGUACAUCCGAGCCUGUCCUGGAACUGCAUCCACAGCUGCCACCAAGGAUCUGGCUCAACUGUGGCGAGGGAUGACUAUGGAAGAAAAGAAACCAUACUGCACUAAGGCACGCAGGUUCAGCCGGCAGCACAACCGAAUUGUGAAGCAGGAAAGCUCCAGCAGUGAGGACGACGAUGGGGAGACCCCCAAACCCUUCUAUCAGCUGCUGGCUGAGAAGGCCCAAGUGUCUUUGGGCCUCACCUCACUGCCCACCCCUCACUGCGAGUAAGAGGCAGUCCCUGCUGGGCUCUGCCACCUACUUAGUUCCCAGGUCCUCUAACAUUUGUCUCCCCUGAGCUUCAGGCCCUGCUAUGGCUCCCCUUCCCAGCCCCCCAGCUUCAGCACUAGAGAGGAAAUGUAUUGACUGACCCAAGGCUCUGUGUUCUGCCUGUGCACAGCCCUACCCAAUAGCCCCCCUACAUCUGUUCUUAUAGGGUGGGGGCCCUAGAUGAAAUGCAGAGCUCCCCUCUGCCCCAGAACCACAUGGCCUCACCUCACAGCGUCCUUCCCUGCUCUAUGUAAAAUGAAGUGAAACCCCUUUUACCAACAGGGGAGAAGGAAUGUUGUGUCCAGGAUCUCUUGGCCAUGGUGUGCUUUCCACAUCAAAUCCAGAAGCCGUUUGCUUCUUCACUUUGAAAACCCCCCAGAGCCUACAGGUCUGAACUUAAACCCUUUACCUCAGUAAUCCAGUCUUGAGACAUAGUGACCCAUGUUUAUAAUUCCAACAUUCAGGAAGCUAAAGCAGGAAGAUGGGAUCUGAGACCAACCUGGGCUAUAUAGAACAUGAUUCCCAUCUCAAGAAAAACAAGCCACAGCCUCUGGCUGGGCUUUGUCCCCAGUUCUCUCCUGGGUGGGUUGUUUGUCGGGUGACUCUUACCCUCAAUAGCUCUGUUGUCUGUUAACUUGACUUUAAUUGAAAUGGAGGAGGCAUAACAUGUCCUAGAAAAAUAAAGAUUUACAAUACAAACUA